AUGGCUACGACUCAAGUUCUAUUGCCCGGAGAUCAAGUUCCAGCUAGUCAAAUACCAGUAUCUCAACAAAGCAAAAUAGGUCGUGGACUCCAAUAUGACUCCAUCUCCAACACCUUCACAUCCACCAUUGGAGGACUUUUAGAAGUCGAUUAUCGAAAAAAGACUGCUCAAAUCGCGACACCAGAUGCUCGUUAUGUCCCCAAGGCCGGUGAUCUAGUUAUUGCACAAGUACGAACCUCCUCGACAGACUUUUUCCACCUCUUCAUCAACUCCCACUCACAACAAGCGAUUCUGCCCCAACUCGCCUUUGAAGGAGCGACUAAGAAGACAAGACCUCAGCUGAAAUCGAAUGAUCUCGUGUAUGCCAAAGUGGUGUCUGCCCAGAAGAAUAUGGAGGUCGAAUUGAGCUGUGUGAAUCCUUCUACGGGAAAAUCAGAACCAGAUGGACUGGGACCACUGACGGGAGGUAUGGUCUUUGACGUCAGUCCGGGGCUGGCGGAAAGGCUGCUCAGAAGGCAAAGUGCGGUGGCGUUGGACGAAUUGGGCUCCAAGCUGCCCGGUGGAUUUGAAAUAGCCGUUGGCCGAAAUGGCCGGGUGUGGGUUGAUUGCCCCGAAGCGGGUGUGAAGGGAAUAUGUGCAGUGGGUCGCUGUCUGAGAGAGAUGGACGAAAAGGAGCUACGAGAAAAAGAUCAAAAGAAGCUCGUCAACAAGAUCAUGGUGGACCUUGAACGGUGUUGA